AAAGAAGCAAGCUUUUCAGCUUCAUCCCGGCAUUUUAGAACUUCAGUUCCACUUCUUAAAAGGUAUAUCUAGCAAUGGACUCUUAUGUGAUCCAAAUGAAUGGCAAUGGUGAUCUUUCCUCAGUCCUUGACGUCCAUGUAAACAUCAAUGGAAGAAAUACAGUCUUAGGGAAAAUGAAAGGCAGGAAAGCUAGAUGGGCAGUGAGAGCCUCUGAUAUGUCCAAGAAAACUUUCAAUCCUAUCAGAGCCAUUGUAGAUAGCAUGAAGGUGGAGCCAAAUCCAAAUAAAACCAUGAUCUCUUUGUCAAUAGGGGAUCCAACUGUAUUUGGAAAUCUCCCUACUGAUGCUGAAGUUACUCAGGCCAUGAAGGAUGCCUUAGAUUCUGGGAAAUAUAAUGGCUAUGCUCCAGCAAUUGGUUAUCUGUCUAGCAGAGAGGAAAUUGCUUCUUAUUACCACUGUCCAGAGGCCCCUCUGGAGGCUAAGGAUGUCAUUCUGACAAGUGGCUGUAGCCAGGCCAUCGAACUUGCCUUAGGUGUGUUGGCCAACCCAGGACAGAACAUCCUUAUCCCCAGACCUGGCUUCUCUCUCUAUAAAACUCUGGCUGAAUCCAUGGGGAUUGAGGUCAAACUUUACAACUUGUUGCCUGAAAAGUCCUGGGAAAUCGACUUGAAACAUUUGGAGUCACUGAUUGAUGAGAAGACAGCUUGUCUCAUAGUCAACAACCCAUCAAACCCCUGUGGUUCAGUGUUUAGCAAAAGCCACCUCCAAAAGAUCUUAUCUGUGGCUGCAAGGCAGUGUGUUCCUAUCUUGGCUGAUGAGAUCUAUGGAGAUAUGGUGUUUUCCGACUGUAAAUAUGAGCCCCUGGCCACCCUCAGCACCAACGUUCCCAUCUUAUCCUGUGGGGGGCUAGCUAAGCGUUGGUUGGUACCAGGCUGGAGGUUGGGCUGGAUUCUGAUCCAUGACAGAAGAGACAUCUUUGGUAAUGAGAUUCGAGAUGGGCUGGUGAAGCUGAGCCAGAGGAUCCUAGGACCUUGUACCAUUGUCCAGGGAGCACUGAAAAGCAUCAUGAGACGAACACCUCAAGAGUUCUACCACAAUACCCUAAGUUUUCUCAAGUCAAAUGCUGACCUUUGUUAUGGGGCCUUGGCUGCUGUUCCUGGACUCCGUCCUAUCCAGCCUUCUGGAGCCAUGUACCUCAUGGUUGGAAUUGAGAUGGAACAUUUCCCAGAAUUUGAAAAUGAUGUUGAAUUCAGCGAGAGGCUAAUUGCAGAGCAAUCUGUCGUCUGUCUUCCAGGAAAGUGUUUUGAAUACCCCAAUUUUUUCCGCGUGGUAAUCACAGUCCCUGAAGUGAUGAUGUUGGAGGCCUGCAGCAGGAUCCAGGAGUUCUGUGAGAAGCACUACCAAAGUGUCGAAGGAGCCCAGGAAGAGUGUGACAAAUAGGUCCAUCUUCCCUCCCCCAUGUAGUGUGUACCUUCUGGGGCCAGGAUAAGCAGUGUCCUUCUGUUCCCCUUUGAGUUGGAUGCCUACUACUGGGAGAGGAGCCACAAAAGCACCCACCUACACCCCAACUCUUUGGAACUCCCUAAUCCCAAGUGAACACACUCUGUCUCCAUAAAUUCUCCUACAGUUGUAUUAACAUGAUUCACUCCCCUAGUUUUUGGUCUCUCCCCACCAUUAGAUUCCCUUCUCUUUUUCUCUGUGUAACACAUUAGUAAAGAUUGAACCUGGUUAAUAUAAUCUUUGGUUUACCAUGGAAGCACCAUACCAAAAAAAUGGGAUAAAACAGUGAAAAGAAAUCAGCCAGUUGGUCAAUUAUCAGUAAAUAAAUAUUUGUUGAGCAUCUACUAAGUACUUUGGGAAUACAAAAAGAGGCAAAAGAAAGUCCUUAUCCUCAAGGAACUACCAGUCUAAUGGGAAUGAAGAAAGGAAACAGAGUUUCUUUCACAAGUAGCACUUGUGUCUCUGCUACUUUCUUGUACUGUGAACCCUACAUACCCAUAUUAGUUCUGGAGCCAAAUUCAGUUACCACCUCACUGAAUUUAGGUAUACCUCACAUUAGAUAAUAGAUAUUAUUGAAAAAAGUUGGGUUUGGAUCAAAUUUUUGGCAAUUGUAUUUAAAUGUAUUUGGCAAGUUUGCCUUUUAGAAGAAUCUUGCCAGAAAUAAUUUUUAUAACACAAAGAGUCCUUUUGUAGUACAAAUAAUCACUCUAUAAUUUAUCUGUUUUAUAUCUAUAUUUUUGUAUAUUGGAUUUUCUUCAAGUGGGGGGUAAACGUAUAUGCCAGAAAGGACCUUUUGAGGAGUUAUUAUGCAAUUCUGGUGAAAGAACCAGGAAUACCCUGACCUGUCAGUGUCAUGGAAUCACUUUUGGUGUAACUCUGAUGUUGAUUUAUUAUAUUAUAUAUUAUAUUAUCUUUUAAUAUGUUAUCUAAAAAGCAUUUAUACUGACCAAACCCUUUGUUUUGCAAAGGGCAUAAAUUAUUGUGUUUUUUUUAAAUAAAUUUUACAAAGUCUUCA